AUGCCUCCAAAGGGUUCCGGAUCCAAGGCGGCAGCGGCCAAGGCGCCUGCUCACCCUUCUUACCAAGACAUGAUCAAGGAGGCCAUCAUCAGCCUGAAGGACAGAACUGGUUCCAGCCGCCAGGCCAUCAAGAAAUACGUCGAGGCGAACAAUAACAUUGCUGGCGUCAGCUCGGCGACCUUCAGCACUCAGUUCAACAAGGCUCUUUUGAAGGGAUCCGAAUCUGGUGUCUUCGCACGGCCAAAGGGCAACUCCGGUCCAGUCAAGCUCGCCGGUCCCAAGACCACCGACGCCAGGCCUGCCGCUGCAAAGGCCACUAAGGCACCGGCUGCUGCCAAGAAGGCACCAGCAGCAAAGAAGACCGCUGUCGCAAAGAAGGCACCGGCAGCUAAGAARACCACCGCCGCCGCCGCGAAGAAGUCUCCAGCGGCUAAGAAGACCACCGCAAAGAAAGCUCCCGCCGCGAAGAAGGCUCCUGCUACCAAGAGCAAGGCCAACACUAGCAAGGUUCGCAAGACACCUGCUGCCGCUCCCGCCGUUGCUCAGCCCACAUCGGUUGUUCUAGGAAAGACCAAGUCUGGUCGCGUUACCAAGUCCAGCGCACCUCAACCCACAGUAAAGAAGGCCGCGCCGAAGAAGAAGGCUGCCGCAGCGAAGAAGGCAACUCCAAAGAAGGCCACCCCCAAGAAGGCAUGA